UACUGCGUAGGCUCGUUUCCUCUUAGCGUCCCGGUCUCCCGUCAACGAAAUCCCCGAGGUGACUGAGGCUCCCGCGGGCUCCCGGCGCAGGAGGGGGCACCUCCUCGCCCCAUUGGCUCCGCUGCGCCGGGCAUCGCCAUAAAUGCUUCUCCCCAGGCGCUUGCUGCCCCCUCAGCGGAGGCGCCGUCCAGAAGGGCGAGUGAACGAGCGCGCGCCAGUGGCAUUUGCCGCCGCCUGCUCGAGCUGCUGCGGGGCAGGCGCUCCAGUCGGGGGUCAGGCGGCCGGCCGCGCUCUUGCUCCGGGCUGAUUCCGAGAGAGCCUCGGGUGCUGCCGGCUGACCCUUGCUCUGCCUUGCAUGGUCCCGGCGGCUGCCAUGAACCAGGCCCCAGACCCCAAUGGCCCCGAGCAGCCUGACAGGGAUGCCCGCAGCUCGGCCCACCUCCAGUCAGGCGGCAGCAGCGGUCCCGCCCGGGGGAUGCCGGCGACACCCAGCCUGCCCCAACUCAUCCAAAAUGCUGCCAAGCUUUUGGACAAGAAUCUAUUCUCUGUCAGCACUCCGAAUCCACUGCUUCCUUCUCCUGCGAGUCUUCAGCUUGCUCAGCUACAAGCCCAGCUUACCCUGCACAGGCUAAAAUUGGCUCAGACAGCAGUCACCAACAACACAGCAGCUGCAACUGUCCUGAAUCAAGUUCUCUCUAAAGUGGCAAUGUCCCAGCCACUGUUCAACCAAUUAAGACAUCCUUCCAUGUUUAACUCUCCUCAGGGGCAUGCUGGAGGGUCUGGGAUAACCAAUACUAGAUUUCCACCUGGUGGAAUUCAUUUUUCAACACAGAACCCCACUUUGACAGCUCCAGGAGGAACUCUGGGACCCAUAGGUAAUUUGCAAAAUCAAAACCCAAGUGCUGUGGUCAUAAACCCUUUUGGGGGUGUAAUACCUCAGACACCUGGACAGCAGGCAAUGGUUAUGGGACUAAAUAAGACUGGUGUCUCCUCUGCUACAAGUGGCUUUUAUGACUACGGUAAACAAGUAUUUCCCUCUGAAGCUGAACAAUGCAACCAGCAUGGUUUUGUGACAAGUGGAUCUCAUUCAGUUCCAACAUCUUCUGGAGGGGGAACCUAUGAUGGUCAGCCAGGAUUUCAGAAAGAGUUUUACAUACCCAACUCUAAAGGCCAGCAUACAACUGCGGCACAGUCUUUGAAUUUUUCUGCUGACACACAUAAUUCUCAUCAGAUUUUAAAUCAAAAAGGAGGAGGAGGUCCUGUUCAACAUGAAACAGAAACAAAUAAUCAGUGGGAAAGUCCUUCUUUCUCUAGCCACAGUAAGACUGACAUAUUGCCCAAUGCCAACAUGUGGCCAUCAACAAGUGUCCCAUAUGAAAUAAGGAACGAUCUUUACAAUCCUGAAGAACCAACGCCUGACACAAAGUUUAGUGCUGGUGCUGGGCUCACUUUCAGCAGAACCAAUGGCAGUAAACAAAAUUUCAACAGCUCCCGAAUGAGACAAAAACAGGAAGUAGCUCCAACUAUACCAGAUUUGUCAGAAAGACCUCUUCAGUCUCAUGAGCUAAAUGAUUUUCAUGUUGCACCUCCUUGCUACCCCCAUAUCUGUACACUAUGUGAUAAGAAGGUAUAUGAUCUGAAGGACUGGGAUCAGCACGUUAAAGGAAAUCUUCACACUCAGAAGUCCUUGGCUUUUUCUGAGAAUUCUGAUAACCGGUGUGUGUUAAAUUCAGCAGAAGGAAUGUUGCAUUCUUCUUCUUCUUCAAAUAACACUUCUGUGUUUAAUCUUUCUGGUACUGAAGAUUAUUCUUUAAAUGCUGGUUCAUCAUACAAUUCUGCAUCUUCAUUUGGCCAGUCAAGUUCUACAUUCUCUUCUGUACCUCCUGGAGUAAAUCUCUCACAAAGGAAAUGUGCCCCAGGUCGAGUAGUGCACAUCUGUAAUCUUCCAGAAGGAAGCUGCACGGAGAAUGAUGUCAUCAAUCUUGGACUUCCAUUUGGAAAAGUCACUAAUUAUAUCCUGAUGAAAUCUACCAAUCAGGCUUUUCUAGAAAUGGCAUACACAGAGGCAGCUCAAGCCAUGGUUCAGUUCUACAAAGAGAAACCUGCAGUAAUUAAUGAUGACAAGUUGCUCAUUAGAAUGUCUAAAAGAUACAAAGAACUUCAGUUGAAGAAACCAGGUAAAAAUGUAGCAGCAAUAAUCCAGGACAUCCACUCACAGAGGGAAAGGGAUAUGUUGCGGGAGGCAGACAGAUAUGGUCCUGAAAGGCCCCGAUCUCGCAGCCCAAUAAGCCGUUCUCUUUCUCCAAGAUCCCGCACACCAAGCUUUACUUCCUGCAGUUCACCCCAUAGUCCUUUGACAACAAACCGAACAGACUGGGGAAAUGGAAGAGAGCUAUGGGAUCAGUCUCCUUAUUCAAGACGGGAGGAAGAAAGAGAUGUAAUUCCCUGGAGAGAAAAUGGGGAAGAGAAGAGAGAGAGAACUGACACGUGGGUGCAUGAGAGAAAACAACAUUAUAUACGACAUGCAGAUAAACUAGACUUGGAAGAACAAGCUGAAAUAAUCAGGGGGCACAGAGAAAAAUACCCACAAGGGGGGUCACCCAGUGCAAAAGGAGUCCACCCUUUGCCUGGAUAUAAGAACAGAGAUGAAAACUAUUACAGAAAACCAAGUAAGCAAAAAUCUGAUAAAUAUCAAAAGCAAACGGUGGAUACAGCUUCAAAGUCUAAAAGAAAAGAAGAAGCCAGGUCAAGAGAACACAAACAUUCUCACUGUGAAGAUGCAGUAAAGGGAGGAAUACCAGAAGCAAAGCCUGACUGUCUCAGGCCAAGAGAAAAAUCCAGGGAAAUUAAUAAAGAACUAGAGGAAGAGGUACCAAGUGCAGCUCAAAAAGCUGAUGUGGGGAAAGAAAAAGAAACUGAGACUGAGGUAAUGAAAGAUUGUGUUACAGAGAACGUGUUUUCCACAAAUAAGCAGGUGAAAGAAAUAGAAGAUCCUAUGGAAUGCUCAGGAAAAGAGAAAGAACAGGGCUGGGAGAGUGGAAGUGAGAUGGAAGCUGAGACAUGGUAUCCAACUAAUAUGGAAGAGCUAGUAACGGUAGAUGAAGUGGGAGAAGAUGACCUUAUAAUGGAACCUGAUAUAACUGAACUAGAAGAAAUAGUCACAGUUGAGUCCAAACACCAAGAAUGCUCAGAACCUGGUCCCUUAGCUACAGUGGAGAUGACAGUUGAGCCCAGCUUAUUGAAUAAAUGUGAAGAGAAAUCUAAUGUGAUGGAAGCAAACUUUGGGUCAGCAGAGGAAACUCCAGGGAUUCUCAGUGACUUAAAGGGUGAUGAUGUAGUUACUAAAGCAUCAAAUCUAAAUCUGGACACUGAGCAGAAGCCAGCUGAAUUGCAUGAAGGCAGACCUCUUAGCGAUUCUGAUUACAAUGAUAAACGAAAAAUAAAUGAAAGCACUGACGUUCAUUUAAAGCUGGAAGAACCUUGCGUAAGUUCUGAUCCUCCAAAAGAAGAACUCUUACAGCAGAGUGACACAUUCAUAAAUGAUCAUAAAGAGAUGGAAUGCCUAGAAAACGAGAGUGAGAAAGCUGUGGAAAAGCUGGACAAAAACUCUCAAGAGGAAACAAGCUAUGGAAAUCAGGAGCAUCAAAAGACUGAGGCAAAUUGUAGGUAUCAGGAAGUGAAAACUCCUGACUUCCCAGAGGCAGAAUCAAAAAGAACACAUUUUUCACCAUCAUGGGAACAAGAAGAUGUAUUUACAGAGCUUAGCAUCCCACUAGGAGUGGAAUUUGUUGUGCCCAGAACAGGGUUUUACUGCAAACUUUGUGGACUUUUCUACACAAAUGAGGAAAUAGCAAAGACUCGUCAUUGCAGAAGUACUGUCCACUACAGAAAUCUUCAGAAGUACCUAUCCCAACUUGCGGAAGAGAAUCUGAAGAUGACUGAAAAGGAGAGCAGUUUGACACAGGAUGACACGGGAAUUGUGCCUCAUUUUGAGAAGAAAAAACUAUGACCUUGGUUCAUUUGAAAUGACUCCUGAUCAUUUAUUGCUGAUCCCCAUGAUGCUCCUUUCUGCUUGUACACUUUUGAAGGAGUAAAAGCACAAAGAAGAGCUUGU